UUUAUGGACUUUUCCUCAUUUCCUUGCAGCAAGUUCUGCAAAUAACAGAGAACAUGUCUCAGGAGAUUUGUUUAUUUGAGGAAAUUCAUCUUAAACUCCAUCCUGUUGGUGACUCCCUCCUCACAACCAUUCAAGUCUCCGGCCUUAGUGGGUCACCGAACAGUUCAUCGACCGAACAGCACGGCGGACUCUCCUCUGACCCAGCACGACUCUCAGAUGUGGUAACGUUCACCCAGGAGCUCAGAGCAGAGCUUAUUAUGACAAAUGCACGAGCCAGUUGGUCCUUAAAUCAAAAAAUAGAAGAAGAACCUGCAGUAAUGAUUGUCAUCACUGAUCCUCCACUCGGCUGGUUCUGAAAUCAAAAAUCACUCAUUCAUGGAGUCCACACAUUGUGGAUUCUUUCCCUAUAAAUAGCACAGAGUGAAUCACUGGAGCUGCCUGUGCUGGCUGUCUCUGUUCGUCUCUGUGGAUGAAUGAAAACACUGGUUCUCUUCACAUGGCUGCUGCUGCUCUUGGCUCACUGAAGGGUGACACCAAGUCUUACGCCCACCCUCCCUCAUGCCCUCCUUCUUCGACUCCUCUUGGGUUGGUGGGUUAAAUCCGUGAGCACUAGUGGGCGUGAGCAUGAGAGUGAGAGUGUGUGUGUGUGUGUUGGGCGCAUGCGGACUGAGGCCCGAAGGGGAAAGCCUUCCACGCAGAUCUAAGCCAGCUGCCCUGCUUUUAAUACUUCAUUGCAAGAGGAGUGGAAAACAGGGGGAAGCCGCAUGUAUCCCCUCCACCAGUGUGCUCCAAGUACACUGGCAACGCAGCUGCCUCUUCUACAAACGGCAGACAAGCAGCUACAAAUAGGAGAUUUGGACAUUUUAGACUUUGGAGGCUCUUCCAGGAGACCCUCUGCUUGAGAUUCCCAGGACUCAAGGGGCACUUGCUGCCCUGAGUGGGGGGUGUUCAAGCAAACUGACCUCUGGGGUUAAGUAGAAUCAGUUUGUGUGAAACUCGUUGGAGGAGGGGAGGAGGGUACAGGCAGCAGUUAGUGGGAGGUGGGAGGCCACGGUGGGGCUCCUGCACUGCUCAAGAAGGAGACGAAGCAGUAGCCGGGAAGCGGGGGAACAGAGGAGGAGAUGGCCACGGGAGAAAUCACUACACUUCCCUCCACACCUGAUGACGGCGGCAGCGGCGGCUUCCCUCCAGGGAGCUUCAAGGAUCCCAAAAGGCUGUACUGUAAAAACGGGGGAUUCUUCCUAAGGAUAAGAUCUGACGGGGGAGUGGACGGAAUCCGGGAGAAGAACGACCCCCACAUAAAACUUCAGCUCCAGGCGACGUCAGUGGGGGAAGUAAUCAUCAAAGGGGUUUGUGCUAACCGCUAUCUGGCGAUGAACAGGGACGGACGACUGUUCGGAGCGAGACGAGCGACGGACGAAUGCCAUUUCCUGGAGCGGCUUGAGAGCAACAACUACAACACCUACCGCUCCAGGAAGUACCCGAACAUGUAUGUGGCGCUGAAGCGAACGGGCCAGUACAAGUCUGGAAACAAAACUGGACCGGGUCAGAAGGCCAUUCUUUUCCUCCCAAUGUCCGCCAAGUGCUGAUCUGGGACGCGAUCGAGAAAGUUCUUAACGGCAAAGACAAAGAAGAAGAUGUGAAGACAGAGGGUUGCCCCAAAACAGCUGUGAUCUUUCCAACUGUUACGUCCUAACAGUUAUUUAUGUUUAUUUUAUCUUAUCUACUCUUCUUCAGCUUCACUUUAAACUGUGGCACGCAUCCAGACUUUUCACGUGCACCGAUCAACGGCUGCACUCGUGCAACUGCAGCCAGGUGCCUUGCUCAAGUGCAGCUCAACAGAAUGGCAGCACAGCACUAU